CGGGCCGGCGGAAGGAUGGAGCCCGCGCUCGGCGACGGCGGCUGGUUCUGCUUCGGGUUCCGCCUGGGGGACGGCGUAGAGGGCGGCCCCGAGCCACAUCCGUUGUCCGCGGACGGGCCCGGGCCGGUGUGCCGGGUGCGGCCCAGCUGGAGCUUCGCCGCGGUCGUGGCGGGGCCAGGCGCGGGUCCGGCGCGGGUGCGGCUGCAGGGCGCGGUGCGCGCCGCGCUGCCGUGGGACUGCCUGGACGCGCUGCCCUCCGAGACGCACGUGCUGCUGCUGCGGGAGGCCGCGCUGGAGGCCUGGCCCGCCGCGGGGCCGGCCGCGCUUCUGGAGGGGCAGCCAGCCUGGCGAAGGGCGCUCCGGCCGGAGGAGGCGGCGGCCGCAGAGCUGCCGCUGGUGCUCGGCGGCUACGCGGCGCCCCGCCCGCCCUUCUUCAUGCCGCUGCCCGCCGCCCUCGCGGCGCGCAAGCUGGCCCUGGGCCUCGAGCACGCGCUGCUGCUGGCCGCCGGCGGGACGCUCUACUCGUGGGGCGGCGGCAGGCACGGGCAGCUCGGCCACGGGGACCUGGAGAGCAGGCGGGAGCCGCAGGCGGUGGAGGCCUUGCAGGGCUUGCCCGUGGCGGACGCGGCGGCGGGCGGCUGGCACUCGGCGGCCGUCGGCGAGGCAGGCGACUUGUACUUGUGGGGCUGGAACGAGUCCGGACAGCUGGGGCUGCCCUCCAAAACGGCAGCCGGGAGUCGAGCAGCAGCCACGGAGGAGGAAGCCGGCGGCACGAAGCUGAAUGUGGGCCCUGGGGAUGAGCCAGAAGGGGCCGAGGCAGCCUUCAUUUCGAUGCAAGCCCUUCCUGCGCUGCUGGACUUGCCUCUGGAAGCCGAAGUGCGCAGAGCCAGCUGCGGAUCCCGGCACACGGCCGCCGUCACACGCACUGGCCAUCUUUACACCUGGGGCUGGGGCAAAUAUGGUCAAUUGGGGCAUCAGGAUCUGGCCACCUCAGAUCAGCCAAGGAGAGUGUCCUACUUUGUGGAGAGGAAUCUCAGUGUGCAAGAUGUUGUCUGUGGGCCAUGGACCACGUAUGCCCAGGCCGUGGCUGCUGAGAGCAGGCCCCUGCAGCAGCCCUGAUGCACCCCCUCCCAGACAUCUGUGUCCUGCCCUAACUCUAACCACAAGAUGUUUCUCGGAAGACCGAGGGGCUUCAGAGAACUUCGUCUUGAUCACUGAACCAGGAAGCCCCUCAAGCAAGAACCCAGUGGUUUUGGUAGCGGCACUUGGCGUGUCUUUCUACCUCGGAUUUCAUUUGCAGUGAGGAGUGCAAAUGUUUCUUAGGGCAGCGCAGCCAUGUUUACAUAUCAGAAGCACAACAAUCAACGCAGAAUAAAAAUA